AUGGAUGGUCUAGAAGGUGAUAAAACAGGUCAAGUCAGCGUUGCAAUGAUGCCAACUGUCUUGCGUCGGUGUAUCUCCCCCGAGCCAGCUGUCCGUGUAGCAUACUUGAUUGCGCAACAUGAAAACCCAUUAUCUGCUCCACUACCGUCGGUUUAUGACCUUGUUUUACUUGGCCAUUAA